AUGGCGACUCAGUAUCCACCACCAUCAAAGCGCCAGAAGCGGGAGCAGGCAGAAAUUGCGCGUCAGCAACAAGACAUUGACACGACAAUACCCGACGGCACUGUACGAGUGCGCUUCGUCGACCAAGCCACGGGCAAAAGUGGCGAUCUGCCAGUACUCACCGUUCCGCUGUCACAAGCGUCAACUAAGAAUCUCGAGCUUCUUCUCAACAAUCUCAAAGACCAGGCCGACGAUCAAAUACCGUACCGCUUCUUCCCCGACGGUGCUACCGAAGCGCUUGCGGACAAGGACGAUCUCUACAAUGCCUUGGUUAAGCCGGGAAAAGCGUCAGCAGAGAGUGAGAUAGUGCUUCAGUAUGCACCUCAGGCUGUCUUCCGCGUAAAGGCUGUUUCACGGUGCGCGGCAGCAGUCUCUGGCCACGGCGACAACAUCCUGGCAGUAAACUUCUCUCCUGUCAGCUCCAGCCGAAUGGCGAGUGGGAGUGGAGACAAGACAGUAAGAAUCUGGGACUGCGAUACGGGCACGCCAGUGCACACGUUGAAAGGGCAUUCGAGGUGGGUCUUGGCCGUCAGCUACUCGCCAGACGGUUCUCUGCUAGCCUCCGGAGGGUACGACAACGAAGUGAGGAUAUGGGAUCCAAACACGGGCAAGCAGAUUGGCGGUGCCCUGAAAGGCCAUACCCAAUUCAUCACCUCGCUUUCCUGGGAACCUUACCAUCUACAAGAGGCGGGACGACCGCGAGUGGCCUCUUCUUCCAAGGAUGGCACAGUCAGGGUGUGGGAUGCAAUCGGCGGCAGGAUUGACUACGCCCUUUCCGGCCACAAGGGCUCUGUGACAUGCGUGAAGUGGGGUGGUACGGGACGCAUAUAUACGUCCUCGCACGACAAGACCAUCAAGGUCUGGGACGCGGCCACUGGUACGCUUAUCAACACAUUGUCAGGCCACGCGCAUUGGGUCAAUCAUCUAGCUCUUUCCACCGACUUUGUCUUGAGGACUUCGUAUCACGACCAUACACGCAAGGUACCAUCCACUCCCGAGGAGAAGCUCGCCAAGGCCAAAGCGCGCUUCGAAAAGGCUGCUACAACCAACGGCGAAGUGGUAGAACGCCUAGCAACGGCAUCGGAGGACUGCACCAUUAUACUGUGGACUCCUUUGACGAGUACGAAGCCAGUCACAAGGAUGACAGGCCAUCAGAAACAGAUCAAUCAAGUCACCUUCUCUCCAGACGGCUCACUCCUGGCAUCUGCGGCUUGGGAUAAUCAUGUCAAGCUGUGGUCAGCUCGAGACGGCAAGUUUCUCAACACACUGAGAGCGCAUGUGGGUCCCGUAUACAUGACAUGCUUCUCUGCAGACAGCCGAUUGCUCGCGAGCUGCAGCAAGGACACGACCUUGAAGGUUUGGGACAUGAGGACUGGGAAACUAAAGGAGGACCUACCGGGCCACAAGGACCAGGUGUUUGCGCUGGACUGGAGCCCGGAUGGUGACAGGGUGGGGAGUGGCGGUGCGGACAAGCAAGUACGGAUAUGGAGCAACUAA